AUGGGAAUGGGAGACUACUCUCCCGGCAGCAAAUGGUACUACGCGCCAAACAAGAUCGCUCCCAUAAUCUUCAUCAUCCUAUUCUCCGUCUCAGGAGCCCUCCACGCCUGGCAAACCUUCAAAUACAAAUCCUACCGAAUGACCCUGCUCCUUCCCUGGGCAGCCCUCCUCAUGAUCUCCGGCUUCGCCACCCGCCUAGCCGGCGCCUACGAUCCCUCCAACCUUACCUACGUCGUCGCCUCCACAGUCCUCAUCAUAUCCGGCCCCCCUGUCUACGCGCUGAUAAACUACUUCAUCCUCGCCCGCAUUCUGUAUUACAUACCCUACCUCGCGCCUCUGCACCCGGGCCGCGUAGCCACAACCUUCGUCGGGCUCGAUGGCUUGUGCGAAAUCCUGAUUGGCAACGGGGCGUGGCGCAUGGCGAACAGCAACUUGAGCGACAAAAAGCGGCAGGUAGGUGCGGAUAUGGUGACGGCGAGUCUGUGUAUCCAAGCAACGCUCUUCAGCUUGUUCGGGGUGCUAGCCGCGUGGUUCCACUGGCGAGCAAGGAAGGCGGGCGUGAUGAAGAAAGAUAUGCAGACUGUUCUAUGUGUUAUGUAUGUGUCUGCGGCUAUUAUAACGGUAAGGUGUAUCUACCGCAUUGUCGAAUAUAUCGAGGGGUGGUCGUCAGGCAUCUAUCGGAAUGAGAUAUACUUCUGGAUUUUCGAGGCGGUCAUCAUGUUUGUCAAUACGGCGCUGCUUAACAUCUGGCAUCCUGGCAAGCGGCUCCCGCGGUCGAAUUCUGUCUUCUUGGCCCGCGAUGGCGUGACGGAACGGAGAGGGCCUGGAUGGGAUGACGAUAGGCCGUGGAUCGUGACUAUGUUCGAUCCUCUUGAUUUGUGGGGCUUGGUUAACGGCAAGGAUAAAAAGACGCAGUUCUGGGAUAUGAGUGAUGAGGAGUUGGAGAAGAAGAGGCUUGAAAAGAUAGAGAGUAAGAGAAGUGUGCUGGCUGGGCUUUUGGAUCCGUUCCAUCUGUUUGGUCAGAAGGGGUAUGUCUCGAAGUAUGUCGCGAGGAAGGAAGAGACUGGUUCGACAAGUAGCCAAGGGCCAUUGAAGGAGAUGCAGGCUGUAAGAGGAACGAGUGGGACACAGCAUGCGAGGGAGAAUGUGUGA